AUGGCGCUCCUCAGGGGACAUCGCUGUAGAAGUAAAACUUCGGGCACGCUGCUCUUCACAGGCCUUGACGGCACGAGUCGCAAGUGCCUUUGGCCCAUAAACCUCAUUCGCAUGCACUUGGAAACUGUGCUGGUUGCGAUCAGCUUUGAUUUGCCUUACCUUUUGAGUGAUGUCUCGGACGACAGUUCUUCCACAAGUUCUUCGACCACCUCAGGUAGAUGUCAUGGGUUAGAGGAACUCUUACAGGCAAUGACUGUAUCAGAUCUUCCCUUCGAGACUAUCACAUACAGCAAGCAGUGUACAACUAUCACCGAUGAGGAACACAUCACCUUUUCUAACCCUCGUCCUCGUGCACCCCCGCCUAUACUAUUAAAUUCUUCGCACCAAUCCAGCAUCCUGUUGCCACCUUCCACACCAGGAUCUGAUCAAAGAUCAGAUCUUGGUGGCCCUCUUACAGAUGCCCUCACAGAUGUCACGGAGCACAUUGCUCCUUACGUCCCACCCAUCCCUCAUCCUAGCGAGCUGCGUGUGCUGUAUCCCGGCGAAAACCUGAUGCUUAUUGGGUCGUUACGGCUUGAUGUCGGUGAACAUACUCUGGGCAUCAGCGGAGCCAUUCAGGUCAAGCAAGAGACUUGGGCAGAUGCUUUGCGCCUGUAUAUGAGGAAAUAUGAGGAAGGCGCGGUGAAAGCGCGUCCCCAUGUAGGUGGUCAUUUCUGA